AUGCUUGCUUCACAACAACCAGCUGUUCACAUAUUAAACAACACAAGAGUCACAAGCGGCGAACUAAACUACAAGUGUACUAAGACUAGCCUCCCUUGUAUAAAACCACCCCCAACACACAAGGUCCGUUCCACUUUGAUCUUAUCUAUAUUACUUCCACUCACCGUUUCGACCACGACCUUCUUCUCUCAGGUUCUCGCCGGAACUUUCGACACGGAGUUUGAUAUCACUUGGGGUGAUGGUCGUGGGAAAGUCCUCAACAACGGAGAGCUUCUCACUCUUUCUCUUGAUAGAGCCUCCGGCUCUGGAUUUCAAUCCAAGAAAGAGUAUUUGUUCGGAAAAAUCGAUAUGCAGCUCAAACUUGUGCCCGGAAACUCGGCAGGCACAGUCACUGCGUACUACCUGAAGUCGAAAGGUGACACGUGGGACGAGAUUGAUUUUGAGUUUCUUGGUAAUCUAACUGGUGAUCCGUAUGUGAUGCAUACGAAUGUGUAUACUCAAGGCAAAGGUGAUAGAGAACAACAAUUUAAUCUCUGGUUCGAUCCAACGGCUGAUUUUCACACUUACUCUGUUCUAUGGAACCCUCAUCACAUCGUAUUUCUUGUGGACGGUAUUCCGAUCCGGGUGUUCAAGAACGAUGAGGCCCACGGUGUGGCUUACCCGAAGAGCCAGACGAUGAAGAUAUACUCGAGUCUAUGGGAAGCUGAUGAUUGGGCGACUCAGGGUGGUAGAGUCAAAACCGAUUGGUCUAACGCACCAUUCAGCGCUUCCUACAGAAGUUUUAGUGAUGUGGACUGUUGUAGCCGGACUUCAAUAUGGAAUUGGGUUACGUGCAAUGCGAAUAGCAACUCGUGGAUGUGGACAACACUUAACUCGAAUCAGAUGGGACAGAUGAAGUGGGUGCAAGAUGAGUAUAUGAUCUAUAACUAUUGUACUGAUUACAAGAGGUUCCCUCAAGGUUUACCCACAGAAUGUAACCUCGUCUGA